AUGCCCGAAAUCCUCCUCCCAGACACAGCAUCCAUCACCUCCUCGACCGCCUCCUCCGACCACCAACAAGCGAGUCUCACCCGCCGCAAAUCCCUCCCUCUGCGCCGCCUAUCGGUCUGGCUCUCCCGCCGUAUCUCCAGGCAGGGAUUAAACGCCACCUACGAUAGCAAUUAUACCCACGCCAACACCCACACCCACAAUGACAACGACCGGCAAAAGAUUAUCUCUGACCUCAACCACCGCAAAAGGAAAGAGUACGAGGCAGAGCGCGAUCUCUCCGAGGCCUAUGCGGCGUAUUGUCGGGCCUUUACGUCGGCGGGCCAGCACCUCCAUCACCAGAACCGCAGGACGUGGAUGAUGGACGGCGAGGUGGAUCUCACGAUGAUUUCCGAGGAUUCCAGGUAUGCACAUCCCGAGGACGAUGAGGAAGGUGUCCUCGAUGAGAAACGGGUGCCACUACCCGCCGAACCCGAAGCUGUGCUAUCACCGGUCCCCGAACUAGAGCCAUCGCCGCCGCCUCACAUCCUCACGCCGUCGCUCUACGUCGAGAUGCGCCGGGCGGCCUGCGACAAGAAACGAGCCAGGCAACGGCUACGCCAACGCCGGCUGUGGUCGUGGUCGUGGUCGUGGUUCUCUCACAUUCGUCACCGCGAGUCUCACUGA